AUGUGUUACUACGGCAGCUACUAUGGAGGCCUGGGCUAUGGCUAUGGCUGUGGCUAUGGCUGUGGCUGUGGCUAUGGUGGCUAUGGUGGCUAUGGUGGCUAUGGUUAUGGCUGCUGCCGCCCACUGUGCUGUAGAAGGUACUGGUCCUGUGGCUUCUACUGA